GAAUUGCUGCACAGGAUUUUUUGUGCAGGUAGAAAAAAAAGUUUUUCCACCCCUCAGACCUUCAUUCCUAAAGAAGCAUGGCUGCUCUGAUGAUGAUAAGGGAUAAUGAUCCCCAAUACUUUCUGCAAGCUGAAGACAGGAGAAGAAAUUUUUUUUUGACUCAGCUAGGAGAACACAGGGAAGACGAGAGUGAUGUGCCUCAAAUCCCCAUCAUGCGUGAGGCCUCCAGUGAGAUUCUGCGGCAUCGCAGAAAAGCAUUAGAAACAUUCCAACUUCUGAAGAAAGGAGCUGAAAAUGAGAAGUUUUCUGCAGAACUGGCUGCAAAGAAGCAAGAAUUUCAAGAGAAAAUGGAAGUGUUGGCCCAGAGAAGAGGGGCACUUGAACAAAAAGAUCAGGAGAAUAAGGCUCAAGCUCUUGAAUUUGAUGUAUAUCUUAAAGAGUGUCAACUGAAAAAAGCACGUGCCUUUCAGAAAUACCACCAGGAACAAAAGCGUCAAGCAAUGAAGAGGCGUGAGCUAUUCAAAUUGAAAAAAGAGCUUAAAAAACUCAAUGUUCGAUUACAGGAACUACGGAAGAAGAUGGCAAAAUACAAAAAGUAUGAAGAUUUCUUGCAGAAUGUUAUCAAUGCAUUGCUACCUGGUGAGUACAACUUUCUGGGAGGCGUGGAAGACUCUGUGGUUAAAGCCCUCAUAAAAAGGCACAAGGCACUGUGUGAUGCAAACCAAAACUUGAUGAAGAAUUUGUCCACCCAGCUGUAUAACCUGGAGAAGACACAAAGUGAAUUAAACAACUUACAUGAGGAACACAGCACCGCAACAGUUAUGCUGAUCAGCAAAAUUUCUGCAUUUCAGUCAAAGCAGAAUGCGUUACAAGAGAAAAACAUUCGGUUGUAUCAGUACAUUAACUAUAAUGAAGGCUUCUCCAGUGAAAAGAGGCAAGAACUAAGCAGGAUGCUCUUAGCAAUCUCCAACCUGGCAGAACAGUGCUACCUGUGGCAUUAUGGUCCUUUGGACAAAAUGCCAUUGCUGUCCAAGCUGGACAUGAUCCAAGAGUUCAUUGUGGGGAAAACUCAGGUGAAAGAGGAAACAAAAACACUACAGUCCAGAGAACUUGAAAGGUCAUCCUGCAAUCUUUUGAAGGAAAUGCCCUCCUCCGCUCUUUCGAAGGAACAACUUAAAAAGCAAAUAAGCUUUUGCCAAUAA